UGCAGUGAAGCGCCCUGCCCGUUUCUGUUUGGUUCUAUUCUUAGUUCUCUCCGUUGAUACCCCCUCCUCCUCCUUCCCUGUCACUUCCACGCGGACCUCGGUCCAGUUCAUUCAAUUGGCUAUCGGACCCGCCGUACAGGGAGUAUAAUCCCUCACGGGGUCGCUAACAUCCCGGGCUGAAUCACAUCUCGUAGGGGUUUCAGUAUCGUACCCCAUCGCCCCCCAGUUGACGCUGCAAGAUCCGCACAUCAGCGCGCGGCUUAAUUACCCCAAAUCCAUCGUCAACACAGCCCAGGUCGCAACAGCUGCGGCAUCAUGGCGGCCACCGAUUUUUCGAACCCCGACUCCCUAGAUGUGUUAACCACCACGGUGAACCAGACGCUCGUUGACACAGCCCGGUUCUUCAACUCGCAUGAGAAAUCGCAAUAUAGAGCACAGCUCAGACGCUCGAUCCCUGUCGCUCAUGAGCAAUUCCAGAUCGCCCUGGACAACCUAUCGGAGCAGAUAUUCAUUGCCAAAGCGUUUCUGGAGAGAGACUAUGAGGCCAUCAAAGCGCGAAAGGCCGCACUGCAUCCUGCUCAGGACUCCGUCAUGCGCGAUGCGGCCUUGAAGCCGGAGCCAGAACUUGCUCCCCAACCUCAUGUAUCACCAGUUGUAGCCACGAAGAUGGAUGCAAUCAAAGCCGAGCCGGCGGAAGAUGCACCCGUGUCGAAGCCGCAGAUCGAGCAGGACCUUACUCAGCCCGCCUUGGCCGAUCAAGUGAUUAAGGAAGACAAGGCCGAUGACGGCACUUCCGCCCCUGCAAUCUCCGGACAGCCUUUCACCGGCCCGGACGAACUCAACUUCGAUUCAAUGCUCAAUGACAAUCCUGGUCCCAAUGAUUUUGACCUGAACCUAGACUUUGGAGAUGACGAGGUUGGCAAUGAUGAUUUUCUUGCCGGCUCACAUCUGGUUCCUGCCAGUUCUGGCAACGAAGGCAAUGAUCAGUCUGGCAAUGCUACCACCGGCUUGGCUGGCACUGACAACCUGACUGGUACUAUGCCUACGGGCGGAGAUGCCUUUGAUUUGGAAUUACAAAAGGCUGAGGCAUUUUCCACCCAAGUCGACACUUUGACUGGACCACCGUUAGAUGGUCAGGGAGGAGGUGGCCUUGAAGAUGUUAUGGCGCCAGGAGAGUCCAGCUUCGAUGACCUUUUCAUGGAAAACGACACGUUUGGAGGGGACGGUGCCGGUGACGCGGGUCUAAUAGAUGGGGAUGAAUUGGUGGAUAUCAAUGAGUUGGAUGACAGCUGGUUUACAUGAUCGCCAAGUCCUGGGAAGCGAUAGCCGGAUACGUGCGGCUCUGGAUGCGGGUUAGAUGGGACCACAUUCUGCAUUGGGGUCAAAAAUUCAGGCAAAUCUACAUUGGAGCGUUCCCUACCAGCUUUGGUAAUCAGAUAGGCCGAACAGCAUCUGUUUCACCGCGCAAACCCCCGCCCUACCGAGUUCCCGGCGGGAGACCCUCCGAAGUGUGUCAGGUCCAUUCCUGCCUACUGCCGAGCAACCAAUCGGUAAGCAGAGAUCCACCCUGUAAGGGGCCCCGGUACGGUACCUCCCCCCGACGGUCCUGACUGACUACGCGAUGACGCAAGGUACGUCAGAGG